AUGGAUCUGCUUGAGAAGACGAAACGGGAACUGCCUGAGAAGGGCAAUUACCCUCUGACCCAAAGAAAUGAACUAUUCGUGGUAGCCGACAUUGCCGGAGCUGAUGAAUUAUGUAUUUGCUGCGUUCAUCAGGGAGAAGAAGAAGAAGGAAGAGGAGAGGCCAGUAGUAUUUUGGGCAACGCUAUGGAGGCACGUUAUCGGCGAUACCCGAAGCAGCCUUCGGGGCGGCAGGGGUCCGCCUCCCUUUUCCUUUCCAGAACCCGGUUUUGGAAAGGUCGUAGAUGCCAAGCUCGCAAUCACCGCGUAGGGAUUCAAGGACGCCCCAAUACUGCACUCAACUAUGGAACAGAAAGAUUGGUGCUAGAUCUCUACAAGAUCAGACGCAAUCUACUCAUUAAACGGAGUCACAACGAGCAACUACAUAAUGUAGUACUUCAUGAUAUGAAAGAAGAGGUCUUAUCGAACAUCGGAUGGCGGGUCAUCCAGUUUCAUCCGAGACUUGUGGACAAUGUGUGGAAGGGUGAUCAUGAGGGCCUUUGCAUUGGAUUCGGUCAUUUAACGGUGACCAAUACGUGCGAACGAAUUCCACUGUUGGCUCGAUUCUCGGCCAACAGUGGUAUUCGAGAAAAAGGAAAGGAGUCUCAAUAG